ACCAACAAGCCCUGCUGCUACUACAUACAGUAGAGACGAGACAAAGCGAGUAGCAGAGUAGAGCGCUGAAGAAAAAAAAAGAAAACCGCAAGCCCCGCCAUCUGAUAACGUUGCAACUAAGGGCCGAUAAGAGCUUCUUCGUCUCGUCAAUUCCCCUCAUGCCACUCUAAAAUUUGCUUGCCAUUUCCUCAUCCUGCUCAUCCCAGAGCUCACGGGCGACGGGCCCCUUUAGAUGCCUCUUCAGCAUUACCUAGAAUUCUUUCCAGGGCCCAUUGACAUCCUCCUCACCUUCCGCCGCUUCUUUCGACGCAUCUGGCGCGCGCUCUUCCGCGGACUCGGAUACACCACCACAGCCUUCGCCUCGGACUUGUCGCCCACGAUGGCAGCGACCAAGAAGAAGAUUGCCGUCAUGACGUCGGGAGGCGACUCCCCCGGCAUGAACGCCGUCGUGCGCGCUGUCGUGCGCAUGUCCAUCCACAUGGGCUGCGAUGCCUACUGCAUCUACGAGGGAUACGAGGGGCUUGUGCAGGGCGGCGACUUCAUCCGGCAGAUGGCCUGGGACGACGUCCGAAGCUUCCUGUCCGAGGGCGGCACGCUCAUCGGAACGGCGCGAUGCAUGGCCUUUUACGAACGACCGGGCCGGCUGACGGCGGCCAAGAACAUGGUGCUCAACGGCAUCGACGCCCUCAUCAUCUGCGGAGGAGACGGUUCUCUGACGGGCGCCGACAAGUUCCGGGCCGAAUGGCCGUCCUUGAUCGAGGAGCUUGUGGACAACAAGGAGCUGACGCCGGAGCAAGUCGCGCCGUACAGGCAUCUGAACAUUGUCGGCCUGGUCGGGUCCAUUGACAACGACUUGUCCGGUACCGAUGCCACCAUCGGCUGCUAUUCUGCCCUCUCGCGUAUCUGCGAAAUGGUCGACUACAUUGAGGCCACGGCCUCUUCACACUCCCGUGCCUUUGUCAUCGAGGUCAUGGGACGACACUGUGGCUGGCUGGCGCUUCUGGCGGGCGUUGCCACCGGAGCCGACUUUGUCUUUAUUCCUGAACGGCCCAGAGAUCAAGACUGGAGAGAGGAUAUGAAGCUUGUGGUUCAACGGCACCGCAAAAUGGGAAAGAGAAAGACCAUUGUCAUCGUCGCAGAGGGUGCCCGCGAUAAAGACGGCACCAAGAUCACACCCGAGGAGAUCAAAGACCUCCUGGCCGACAAGAGCGAAGGCGGGCUCAACCUCGACACCCGAAUCACCACUUUGGGCCACGUUCAGCGAGGAGGCACAGCAGUGGCCUACGACCGCAUGCUCGGCACGCUGCAGGGCGUCGAAGCCGUCAAGGCCGUGCUGGAAGCCACCCCCGAGACCGAGACCUGCGUCAUCGCCAUCAACGAGAACAAGAUUGUGCGAAAGCCGCUGAUGCAGGCCGUCAAGGAGACCAAGGAGGUGGCCGUCGCUGUCGAGGCCAAAGAUUUUGACAGGGCCAUGAGCCUGCGAGACACCGAAUUCUCGGACCAGUACAAGUCCUAUCUGACAACCACGAAUGUGCUCGUAGAUGAUAACAAGUUGCCGGAGAAGAGCCGAAUGAAGAUUGGCUUCAUCAACGUCGGCGCCCCUGCUGGAGGUAUGAACGCCGCUGUGCGCGCAGCUGUUGCAUACUGCCUCUCCCGUGGGCACGAGCCCAUUGCCAUCCACAACGGCUUCGCCGGAUUCGCCCGCCACCAUGGCGACUCGCCCCUCGGAGCCGUGCGGCCGUUUGACUGGCUCGAGGUCGACGGCUGGGCCAGCAAAGGCGGCUCGGAAAUCGGCACCAACCGCGAGCUCCCCUCAGAGUCCGGCAUGGAGCUUAUUGCCAACCUCGUGGAGCAGUACGAGUUUGACGCCCUCUUCAUCGUUGGCGGCUUCGAGGCCUUCCACGCCGUCUGUCAGCUGCGCAAGGCCAGGGAUGAGUAUCCGUCACUCUGCAUCCCCCUCUGCCUCUUGCCGGCCACGAUUUCCAACAACGUGCCGGGCACCGAGUACUCUCUGGGAUCGGACACUUGCCUCAACGAGCUGGUCAACUACUGCGACAAGAUCAAGCAGUCCGCCUCGGCCACCCGACGCCGCGUCUUUGUCAUCGAGACGCAGGGUGGACGCUCGGGCUACGUGGCGACGCUCGCCGGCCUCAGCGUCGGAGCCUCUGCCGUCUACAUCCCCGAGGAGGGCAUCAGCCUCGAGAUGCUCAAUGCCGACGUCAAGCACCUCAAGGAAGUCUUCCACCACGACAAGGGCCAGUCCCGCGCGGGCCGCCUGAUUCUCGUCAACGAAAAGGCCAGCAAGGUCUACGACGCGAAGCUCAUUGCCAGCAUCAUCCGCGAGGAGGCGCACGACCGGUUCGAGAGCCGCGAGAGCAUUCCCGGACACGUGCAGCAAGGAGGCGUCCCCUCACCCAUGGACCGCUGCCGUGCUGUUCGGCUGGCCAUUAAGUGUAUGCAGCACCUGGAGGGCUUUGGCCGCAACGCGCACAACCGGGUGAAGAAGGACCCCUACAGCACGAGCGUCAUCGGAAUCCAGGGCUCCGAGGUCGUCUUCUCGCCGGUCGAGGAGCUGGAGGAGAAGCACACAGACUGGCCCAACCGAAGACCCAAGGUGGCGCACUGGCUGGACAUGCAAGAGGUGGUGAACAUUCUGGGCGGGAGACCAGCGUAUCCCAAGCCGGAGAAGAGCCUGACGGGACUCAUUGCCAAGGAUACCAAGCGCGGGCUCUACUGGGGGGCGGACUAGGUGGCUGCUUUAUGAAAGAGUAUCAAAAAUCACAUGGGAGAGCUGUUCAACAGGGUACAGUAGUGUUACAGAAAACAAGCAAUAAUUGGGAGAACCCAAAGAAUAAAGCAUGGUUACAAGAAGCUUCGGCCCUAUGGGGGCAGAACAGAAGGGGAACUGCCUCCCCGUCUGGAUGCCCAACUACCUUGGUGCUGCCGGCGAUGUGGACUCUGUGAAGACGACUAGGAGAUAUGUGAGCAAAUGGGAGAUACCGGGGCCUGGCAACUGCCGCUGUGGCCUGCAGUCGAGGCAUGAGAAGGUCUGGUUCCUUGCAUCUUU